AUUUCCGUCUUCCGCCGCACUGGCCGCGGGCCGCGGCGCCUUUAAGUGUCGCGGUGACACGUGUGUGCAGCGCCGAGGGCCCGGAUGGUGAGCGUGCGGGGCCCGGGCCGAGCAGACGCCUGCGCUGGUGCUGCUGCAGCGGGCGGGCCGCGGGCCGGGUUCUGACGCCGGUUCUGGACGUCAGGCUCGCAGCUUUGGUGGCUUAACGGGCCGAGCGCGAGGAGCACAUGCAUUGGAGGGUCCGGCCCCACACCCGCCCAGUCUGGCCCGGAGCCUGACCCAUGCUGCAGCCCCGGCUCCCCCGUCCCGGUGACGCCAUGCCCAUCGUCGACAAGCUGAAGGAAGCCCUGAAACCCGGCCGCAAGGACUCGGCCGACGAUGGCGAGCUGGGGCGGCUGCUGGCCGCCUCUGCCAAGAAGGUUCUGCUGCAGAAGAUCGAGUUCGAGCCGGCCAGCCGGAGCUUCUCCCACCGGCUGCAGUCGCUGCGGAGCAGAUACGUGCUGCUGAACCCCAGGCCGGAGGGCGCCGCGCGCCCCCGCGGGGACGAGCCCCCCGCCAGGAGGCCGGGCUGUGAGCGCGUGUCCGAGAGCGGAGGCGACGGCGUCCCCGCCCCGCAGAAGGUGCUCUUCCCCGUGGAGCGGCUGUCUCUGAAGUGGGAGCGCAUCUACCGCGUGGGCGCCGGGCUCCACAACCUGGGCAACACGUGCUUCCUGAACUCCACCGUGCAGUGCCUGAGCUACACGCCGCCGCUGGCCAACUACCUGCUCUCCCGGGAGCACGCGCGCAGCUGUCCGCAGGGCAGCUUCUGCAUGCUGUGCGUCAUGCAGAACCACCUCGUGCAGGCCUUCGCCAACAGCGGCAACGCCAUCAAGCCCGUGUCCUUCAUCCGGGACCUGAGAAAGAUCGCCCGGCACUUCCGCUUCGGGAACCAGGAGGAUGCACACGAGUUCCUGCGGUACACCAUCGACGCCAUGCAGAAGGCCUGCCUGAGCGGCUAUGCCAAGUUGGACCGUCAAACGCAGGCCACCACUUUGGUCCACCAGAUUUUUGGAGGCUGCCUCAGGUCGCGUGUGAAGUGCUCGGUGUGCAAGAGCGUGUCGGACACCUACGACCCCUACCUGGACGUGGCGCUGGAGAUCCGGCAGGCGGCGAACAUCGUGCGUGCACUCGAACUCUUCGUGAGGCCGGACGCCCUGAGCGGGGAGAACGCCUACAUGUGCGCCCGGUGCAAGAAGAAGGUGCCCGCCAGCAAGCGCUUCACCAUCCACAGGGCGUCCAACGUCCUGACGCUUUCCCUCAAGCGCUUCGCCAACUUCAGCGGGGGCAAGAUCACCAAGGACGUGGGCUACCCCGAGUUUCUGAACAUCCGCCCGUACAUGUCGCAGAGCAGCGGCGAGCCCGUCGUGUACGGGCUGUACGCCGUCCUGGUCCAUUCGGGCCACAGCUGCCACGCCGGGCACUACUACUGCUACGUGAAGGCAAGCAACGGGCAGUGGUACCAGAUGAACGAUUCCCUGGUCCAUUCCAGCAACAUCAAGGUGGUUCUGAACCAGCAGGCCUACGUGCUCUUCUACCUGCGAAUCCCAGGCUCCAAGAAGAGUCCCGAGGGCGCCAUCUCCAGGGCCGGCUCCGCCCUCUCCGGCCGCCCCGGUGGGGCUCCCGACCACGGCAGGAAGAGCGCCAGCAAUGGGACCCCCUCGUCCCUGCUGCCUGGAAAGAGACCGGACCCAGUGGCCAUGAGGAAGCUGCAGGCCCCCGGGGAGACGGGUGUGCCCGUGUCCAGGAACGGCUUCCUGUCGGGCCUAAAGUCUCAGAAUGGACACAUUCCUCCAAAGCUGCCCUUGGGGUCCCCUUCCCCCCGACUCUCCAAAGCACCCACACCCCUGCCGACCAUCCUGGAUGAGCCUGGAAAGAAAGUCAAGAAGUCGGCCCCCCUGCAGCACCUCUCCCCGCCCCUCAAGACUUCUCCGGGGUCCCACGGGGCCAGCGGCAGGGGUGACAGCCACAGGCCAGGCUCCUGGGAUGGCAGGGGCGCUGGCCUCUCUACCUCACCCAAGCUCGUGCCGACAGCAACCGCCAACGGGCACGGGCCUGCGGGCAUUGCCCCGGACAGGGCAGCCUCCAGCAGUUCCAGCCCCGAGCAUUCAGGGAGCAGCGACCCCGCCCAGGGUCCCCCAACCCCCAGGAGCGGGGCCGCCCGCUUCUGUGACUCUCAGGGAAGGACCCCCACGGCCGGCCCGCCCAGGGCGCUGCUAAACGGCGAAGCCUCCACAGUGGGGAAGCCGCGGGCCCCGGCCCUGAGCAAUAUGGCCACCGAGCCCGUAAACGCCAUGUCUCCUCCGCCCGCCAAGAAGCUGGCCCUUUCUGCCAAGAAGGCCAGCCCCCUGCGGAGGGCCCCCGGCACUGACCGAGCGCCGCGCCCCCCGCCACUGUCCGACCUCACCCACCCCAGGAAAGCCACUCACCCCGCCGCCGCCUGCGCCCGGCCUGUGGGUGCCAGCAGGGCUGUGUCACCUGCUCCCGGAUCAUCCAGCGUCCCAAAGCACCCCCACGCCGCCACCCUGCCCUGCAGCCCCCCGAACUCCGCCUGUGCUCCCCUGCCUCAGGUCAACGGGGGCUUUCGGGCCCCCCCACACCAGCCCGAGGCCAGCGAGCCCCUCCAGAGCCUUUGUAAGAAGAGGAAACGGAAGCGCCUGGGAGAGGCCCGGAGGCCGGGCUCGGAGGCUGGGGAGGCAGCGGCCCCUCCUGGAAAGAGGAGGAGGAAGAGGAAGCGCCCCGAGGACACGGACGCCGCCCGCCUGCAGUGGAGCCCCGAGCGCAGGCCGGAGGGCAGCGUGGAGCGACCAGCUUCCAGCCUGGAGGCAGAGGGUGGGCAGCAGCCUGGGAACGGCCGGGGCCUGGUGAAUGGCUGGCCGGUGGGAUGCAGGACGGACAGCCCCCACAUGAGCAAGAGCAGGAGGAAGGGAGUGGACGGCCUUGGCAGAGAAGGAGAAGCCUGCCUCCGCCAGGACCCGCCUUGGCACAGGAGCUGCUCCCCCUCGGACACCGAGCCAGAGGCCACGGCAGCAUCUCCAAGGAAAAAGAAGAAGAAAAAGAGAAAGCCGGAGCCCCGGCAGGAAGGAGAAGAGGAGGAGCACCCCGGAGGCCGGAGGGGCCCUGCCGUCCCCGGGAGCAGCCCGGCGCCUGCUGUCAACGGCCAGAGUCCCGGGGGCCUGGCAGUGUGUCUGCUCGCAGGGCCGGAGCAGACGCCUCAGCACUCCUGGUCCAGGGAGCGCGGCGCCAGCGUGGUGUGGGAGCUGCUCGAAUGCGCGUCGGAUAAAGCCUACGGGAAGAAAGUUCUGACGUGGGGCGGUGAGGUGUCGGCUGUCAGCCGGGAUGCCAUGCACGACAGCAGGUUGGCCCGCGCCUCCGCGGUGAUCGACGACUGGGAUGAAGAGUUCGAUCGUGGGAAGGAAAAGAAAAUUAAAAAGUUCAAGAGAGAAAGGAAAAGAAACUUCAAUGCCUUCCAGAAACUUCAGAAUAGACGGAACUUUUGGUCUGUGACUCAUCCAGCCAAGGCUGCCAGCCUCAGCUACCGCCGCUGAGCACUGCUGCCGAGAUAGACGCUCGGAGACGGCAUCGCUUCCUGGGAGCGGUCCGUGUGGACUCCUGGCUGGGUCACCCCGGGGCCUGCACCGCCAGCUGGCGCCGAGGAUGGCGCCGUGGCCCCGGCUUCCGGAGAUCAGGGCCUGGGUGACAGCACGCGGCGCCGGGGGAGCAGGCAGCUGCCGGCGGGGACGGAGAGGGCCGGCGGCUGCGCUCUCGCGCUGGCGAAUCUGGGUGCCGAAUCUGGGUGCCGGGGCCGCUGGUCGCUGUUCUCGGCGGGCCGUCCACCACCUGCUGCUGGCGGCUGCGGCCCCGCCUGCGCCUGCCCGUCCCUCGCGGGGCGCCUGCCUUUCCGGCGCCUCAGAAAGCGGAGCCGGGCGGCCCGGCCCCCGUCCUCGCAGGGAACCGGACGCUCUCGGGAGCAGGCGGCUGUUUGGGGCUUGAACUGCGGAGCUGGCCCCCGCCCCUCGGCUGCUGCUCGCUCUGAGCGCCUUCCCGACCCCGUCAGCCGCAGGCCGCGGCCUCUGUCCAGGUGGCCGUGGGGAGGGCCUCUUCCUGUCACUGCUUCACACCGUCCCGCCGGCGGCAUGUCCUCCCUCCUGCAGGCCUGGCUUCCUGCUCCGCGGGCGAGUGCUUUGCAGUUUAGCCGAUUGUAACUGCCGAUCCCUUACCCGCGCACGUGGGAAGUAGUAAUCACGGGCCAGCCUCGGUCGGGGUGACGUUUUCCUGGACAAUCAUGGUGACCCAGGGGUCGAAGGUACAAGUGAAUCUGACAGUCACGGCUCCUUUCUCCGGGAGAUGCUGCACGGGGAGCCGGACCGAGGGCGGCACUCCCCCGCCCCUCCCGAUGGCCGGGCCCUGGCCCUGGGGGCUGCGGGGAGGUGUGUGCACUGUUUCAUGGGGGUCGUCUGGGUGUUCCUUCCUGGGUUCAUUUUCUCUGAAAAGCUGGGAGAUGUCAGCGGCCGCAUGGGGGCCGUCUGGUCCCAAGAAAGCCAGCGGCUGGGCUGCCUUUUCUCAGGGGCCUGCCUUGGCCUGUCAGCCUCACCUGUUCAGAGACCCGCACUUUGUCCGUCGCCUCUGGGCAGGGCCUUCUCCUUCGUGCGGUGCGUGGCCUGCGUGGCCCUGGGAGCUGCUUCCCCGUUUCCUGCAGCCCCGGCGGGAGCAGUGGGUGCUGUUGUCUGACAGACUCGUCCCCUUCUUUCCCGCCCUGCCUCGGGGUCAGCCCUGCCCUCCACCUCCCCUCCUCCAUGGGGUCAUUGUAGGAGCUCCUGAGGAGCUGUCUGUCACCUGCCACUGGGCAGCGCUGAGCAUUCAUCUCUGUCCGGCGAGGCCUCCCCCCACGACAUCCCAGCAUCAUGCCCCACUGGGCCCAGGGAGCGAGUCCGGCUCUAGGUGACGCGCGCGCAAAUGCAUGUAAACAGCGGGCUUUUACACAGCGGCCUCCGCUCACUCAGAAUCGGGCUUUAAUUUAAUUUUGUGCUUAGAGUGGAGUGUGGGGUCCGGGGUCUGUGGGAGGGCCCCCUCCGUCCCCCAUCUCCGCCAUUGCUGCCACUGUAUGGAGGUCUGCGCCCCGUUCUCUGAACUUCCCUCCAGGGGCUGUGGACCCCGUUGUUGCCAAGAUCUUGGUGCAAUAAAGUAAUGAGGUUUUGUGA